CUAUCCUAUUCAUUACUUUUGAAUCCACUGUUCCCUUUCCUACAGAGUCACUGUCCUUACUGAGAAAUAUCGACCAGUUCGAUUGAAACGAUGACCGAAGAAGCGGGCGUUAAUAUCGUGGCGGUGAUGUAUCCGAAAGCGGGCAAGCUGGAGGAGUUAUCAACCCACCUCUCCGACCUGUCCAAACAAGUGCAAGCGAACGAGCCUGACACGCUGCUGUACUACGCAUUUGCCAAUAGGGAUGGGAAUGAGAUUACUGUUGUUGAGAGAUACCGCGAUCAAACGGCCCUCCAAACACACCUCCUCAGCCCGUACUUCCGAGACUUUGGGAGUCGGGCAUCGCCACUGAUGGAGAAGCCGUAUGAGGUCAAGGUUGGGAGUGGAUUUUUGCCUGGGUCGGUGGGGGUGUUGAGGGGUUAA